GGGGGAAACUGUGAGGUCUGCACUGCUCAGUCCUAGGAAAGAUCAGCUAAUUCCGGCUUCUGACAUGGAGCCUACCACGGGGGAGGUGGAGGGAGCAGCUGAAAUUACAGGGAAGAAAAAGUCCCGGUUCAAGCUGCUGAAGAGUCGCCUGUUUAGUCGUCUGAAGAGGAAGGACAUCGAAGGGCUGAUGAAGCAGAGCCAGUCUGCCAGUGAUGUCACCGCUGAUGUCACAGCUCAGAGUGAAGUCUCUGAGGAUGACUGUCUGGCCAGUCUGGGGACACUGGGAUCUAGAGCCAUGUCACAUGACAGCAUCUUCCUGGCUGAGCAAUCGCAGAGCUCCGCCGAGCCAACUAGGGUUCUGUCUCAGGAGAAUGUACACGAAAAGAUACGAGAACUGCAGCUAAAACUGCAGCAAAAAAACAUCCACCUUGGCCCUCCUCCACUGCUGAUCACUGGGAAGAGAAUGGAAGAUUCUGGAGGCACCUCUGAGGAUGAUGGUUUGCCCCAGAGCCCUCCUGAGAUCUCAUUCCAUGACAGAGCAGAUCACGGGUCCUCCUACAAGUUCACUGACACUCAAAGGCACCACAGCUCACUGAGUUUGGCAGGGACAGGGAGUGAAGAGGAGGAGCAGCCGUCCUCCCGUCCUCUUUCCCCAAUCACUGCUCCCCUCUGUGAUCUGGGACCCUCCCCUGCGGCGGACUUCAGCUGUCCAGCCCAGUACACUCCCAGCCUGGACAGCUCUGCUGCUCGCCACCGCAUGUCUGUAAAACCCAGGAACCAGAGAGCCAGCACCAAGGGAAGGAAAGGACCUCCGAGAUCAAGUAGACCUGGCUCAGAGAGCCUGAGUGACCUGGACCAGCCCCUGUCUGAAAGGGAAGAAGAGCAGGAGGAAGUUGAAGAUGAGGGGAAAGGGGAGGACAGGGAGCAACCUUUACCUUCAUCUCCAAAAGACACUGAGGAGAUACUUUGGCAAUCAGCGCCCCCCGUUGGUCAGAUAGAGGUAUCACGGAGACAAGAGACCUCUGAGCUAGAGGGACACAUCACCACUAACCCUCUCUACCUCCAGGCUUUGCCCUUCAUGGCAGACCUCAUUUCUUUACCGGAGCCAAUUGCCAAGAGCACUCUCCUGGACACUCCCAGCCUGCUCACCCCCAUUUCAACUGCAGUAGAUGAGCCCCAGAUGCUCCAAAAACCCCCCAGUCAAGAAAAGAAAGAAAUGCUGGCCUAUACAUUCCAAGGAAGUAGGCUUAGGUCUACAUCUGAAAAGACACUCUCCAGGCCUCUCAGUCCUGUCUGUACAUCAGAUAUUGUCGCUAACAAAAGAGACAGUUUGAGAAGCGACAUGCAGAAUGUUAGCCAAGAAGACUCAAGCAACUCUCCCCAACACACUGCUUUCUCUAUCCCUGCCCAGCACUUUGGAAAACCAACACCAAAACCUUUCUCAGAUAAAGAGCUUGUCAGAGAAAUGAGAACAGUUCUACCUUUUGGCAUUCAUAAAGACAACCCCAAACUGGAUCUGAUGCAGUUGAGUCCACCUUCUGGCCAAGAAGACAAACUGUCUGGAUCGCACAGUUUCCCCAUCUCCUCCAAGAGACAACAUCCCAAAAUGACCACUGGAAGUGGCCACACAGGGACCAGAGAUGGAGAGAUGAAUGGAGAAGACAGAGAAGGGGAGGGUUUGAUAGCCAACAAAGUGAAACUAGAGGAACCCACUUCUAAAGCCCUGAUAGGGACCCAAUCACAUCCCUCACCCCAGGAGAGGAUAUUCCGUGAUACAGGACUGAGGGGGGGAGAGAAAUGUGAUGUACAAAUUGAGAUAAAGGAGGAGAACGAGCAGGAGAAGAGUGCUUUCGGAGUGAAGCUACGCACCACUUCCCAUUCUCUGAAGUAUCGCUCGGAAAGGGACCAGGAAGUCGGGAUUCAGCGUUACAGUGCGGAGGUCCUUACCAGGUCAACAGCAGGACCAGUCAAAGGCGAAUUAGACACAGGUUUUGAGAUCAGCGAUGUCUUGGCCAAUAAGGCUUCGAAGAAGCAACUUUCACAAGUUACUGGCUGCACCCCUUCCUCCAUGGCCACCCCGCCAUUCACGACUCACAGAAUCAGACAGAAAGACAUGCAAAAACCACUGAAACUAAGCGGCCCUGUCUUGGUUCCUUCCAUAGAUAAUGUUGAUACUGAGCUUCUAGUAGAUGCCUUUCUAGACCCGGAUAAUGGCUCCUACUCCAGACCUGCUCUGGAGCUCCUGAGAGGGACAGAGAGCCUUGAGUCCACUGGGUCGGCUGGAUCAGAGCCUGUCUGGAUGUCCAUGGCCCGGGAGAAAACCAGGAGUCUCCUACAGAAUCUUUCUCCAGAGUCAGAGCCUAGGACAGGGGGGAAAACAACACCCCAGCCGACCCCAUCCCCACGUCAAACUCUGACCUCGGCCCCACAACCUAGAUUCCAGCCAACAGCUCUGCAAUCAAUGCCGCCUCCAUCACAAUCACAGCCAGGCACACAAACAGCUUCACAAAAACAAACCUCCCACAGCGAAGUACAGCCGCCCCCUCAACCAAUACCAACCACCAGAACAAACCUAUGGGGAUUGCAAUUGACAGCUAAGCUCAAAACAUCACCCUCAGAACAGCCAGACACGCAGCCUGCGUUACAAACGGCACAGCAAGUGACAACUCAACAGACCACACAACUCUCCUGCCAGCCUCACUUGCCAACUUUAGGAGUGUCAAAAACAUCCUCCACUUAUGUAAAGAGAGCUGAGAAGAUGCCUGUGGAGAAAUGGGCCGACAGCACACUAUUACCUGGGACUAAGAUGGAAUCUAGCAGUGGUCAAGCUGAGAUUGACAUAGAAAAGACGGAGAUGUCUUGUUUAUCCUCCCCUUUGUCAUCAUAUCCGUCAUCAUCGCCACAACGAGUCCAGCCAACCUGGAUGGAGCUUGCCAAAAGGAAAUCUCUGGCCUGGAGCAACAAAACUAAGGACUAAAAGAAAUGCUUAUGUGUGGUAGUGUGUGUGAUUGUGUGUGUGUACGAGGCCGAUAAGAGGGUUGCUACGGAGAGUAUGCAUUAGACUAAUCAAAUAAUGAAUUGUUUCUGACUGUAUUCUUUUGAACUACUUGAUUCAAAGAAUAUGUUGAAAACUUAUUUUGCAAUUCUGUACUCUUCUAACCACUAUUAUUCAUUUUGUAAUUAGUCUCAAUGUUUGUCUCCAAUAAAUACAGUAUCUAUAGUAAA